AUGAGCCGACCCGAUAUCACCUUGUAUACGACUCAGACUCCCAAUGGAAUCAAGAUCUCCAUUGCGCUAGAAGAGCUGGGUCUUCCCUACAAGGUAGAGAAAAUCGAUAUUAGCAAGAACACCCAGAAAGAGCCCUGGUUCCUUGAGAUUAACCCCAAUGGCCGUAUUCCCGCCCUGACCGACACCUUCACCGAUGGCCAGAAGAUCCGUCUGUUCGAGUCCGGCAGCAUUCUCACCUACCUUGCCGAACAAUAUGACAAGGACUACAAGAUUUCCUACCCUAAGGGCACCCGUGAGUACUACGAGACGAUCAGCUGGUUGUUCUUCCAGAACGCUGGAGUGGGCCCUAUGCAAGGCCAGGCAAACCACUUCGUGCGCUAUGCACCCGAGCACAUUCAGUACGGCGUGAACCGGUAUACCAACGAGACGAGACGGUUGUACGGCGUGCUCGAUAAGCACCUUGCUAGCUCCAAGUCAGGAUACCUCGUUGGUGACCACAUCACGAUUGCGGAUAUCUCGCACUGGGGAUGGGUUGCGGCUGCUGGAUGGGCCGGUGUUGAUAUUGGAGAAUUCCCGCAUUUGAAGGCGUGGGAGGAGCGUAUGGCGGCGAGAGACGGCGUCGAAAAGGGUCGCCAUGUUCCCGAGCGUCAUACUAUCAAGGAGCGUUUGCAGGAUAAGGAAUUCAUAGAGCAGGAGGCGGCCAAGGCCCGGAGUUGGAUUUUGCAGGGCAUGAAGGCCGAUGCUAAGCAGUAA